UGAUUGCAUCGACGUCCAUGCAAAGCUGGAUUUUGAGCGCGUCACUAAUCCAUCAGCGCCGGGCGCACAUACGCCGAAGGCCUGAGAACUUAGAUUGAACUAGAAGCACAGUGUCAAACCCAAGACUCUUUGCACGUUGAACAACAUGAAAUUCAACAAACCUGGACUUUCAAGCGACGCGAUACUCAGUCUCGCCAGUCCAUGGUCAAAAAGACCACGAAAUGCGACCGUUAUAAAUCAUGAGUUCGAUGCCUUGUAGCACUAUGAGGGUCGAUUCAUGCUGUGAAUCUUGGAGAACAUACAGCCAUGCCCCUCGCGAGGAGCGACUCUGUCCAGGAUAUUGAUUUUACCCUCCGACGCCAGUUCAACAAGCAAGCAUUUAGACCGUUUCAGCGAGAGAUCAUUCUCGCCGCCCUUGAUGGCAAUGAUGUCUUCGUUCAGGCAGCCACCUCGUUUGGCAAGAGCCUGUGCUUCCAACUUCCCGCCGUGAUAGACCGAGGGAUCACGAUUGUCAUAUCUCCCCUGUUGAGUCUUAUGGUAAGCUGCCGGCUUGGUUACGGGCCCUUGGGCAAUGCUCACAUGGUGCAGAUGAACCAAGUUGAAGCCCUCCGCGCAGCAAACGUAGACGCCCGCACUCUCAACAGCAAUACGCCCAUGGCCGAACGGGACUACAUCUACCAGGACCUCUCCACAGGCCAUCCACUCACACGCCUCCUCUACGUAACUCCGGAGCUUUGCUCGGGCGACCACUUCCGGAAGCGCCUGCGGUUGGUCCACGAGCAAAAGGAACUGGCCCGCAUCGUUGUCGAUGAAGCGCACUGCAUCUCGGAAUGGGGCCACGAUUUCCGCAAGGAUUUCAAGCGCCUCUCCUGGUUCCGCGAGACCUUCCCGGAUGUGCCCAUGAUGUGUCUCACGGCAACGGCCAACGGGCAAGUCCGGCGGGAUAUCCUCGCCACCCUCGGCCUGGACAAGACGCCCGAAAGGCUGAAGAAUUUCACCAUGACGGCUCACCGCCCCAAUCUGCACCUCGAAGUGCGCUUCACGAGUGACGAAGCCAAUGACCGUUACGACGAUUUUGUCUCGUGGUUGAAAGGAGUGUAUGCGCGCAGAGGGGCACCGGAUCGAAAGCCGGAGCUGGAUUCCGCCGGUGAGCGCGUCGAAAACGUGCCGGGUAUCAUCUAUACCCUCUCGCGCGACGAGUGCGAGUCGCUUGCGGCGGCGCUCCGUACAGACGAGAUCGGCGCGCGGCCGUUCCAUGCCAAGCUGCCCAAGGAGGUCAAAGAGGAGACGCUGGCGCGCUGGAUAGCCAACGAACCGGGGUACGACAUUAUCGUUGCUACCACUGCAUUCGGGAUGGGCAUUGACAAAGAGAAUGUGCGCUUCGUGGUCCACUGGCGGCUGCCGAAGAGCUUUGAGGGCUACUAUCAGGAGGCAGGCCGGGCUGGACGCGACGGGAAUGCGAGUUAUUGCUUCUUGUACUACGCGCGAGAGGAUAGGGACCGCGUCUGCAACAUGCUGAUGAGGGACGGCGCGUGGGUAAGAGAUGGGAGCGUCGAUGCGAACAAGCAAGCAAGGAUGCAAAGUCUGAACCGGCUGGUGGCCUACUGCGAGGAUACAGAUAGCUGUAGGCACGCGGCGAUUUGCAAGUACUUUGGCGAAGUGCAGGUGCCCGAGUGCGAUUACGCUUGCGAUUGGCACAAGGACGCGCCGGGCUUGAAGAGGAGGAUGAUGAGGGGUUUGGCGAGCGAGGAGUGGGUUAGCACGCAGCGAGAGGAGGGAGCGUAUGAUGGAUACUGGAGCGAUUAGGCUUUGUUUAGAGUACCCAAUGAUACCCACUUCAUAAUCAUCAU